AUGGUGCUUCAUCGGGCCAUUCAAGCAGCUCGAGAAGGGGAUCUUGUAGCCCUGAGAGCUCUGGCAUCUUCAGGUCUCCUCUCCCCAGCCAUUAGUGAUGCUCAAGGUGCAGGCCCAGUCCACCACGCAGCCAGGUGUGGACAUUUGGACAGCCUGCAGUUCCUGGUCGGAGACCUGGGAAUGGCAGCUGAUCCUCGAGCCUUGAACGGGGCCACGCCGGUGCAUGAUGCAGCGGCUACUGGCAACAUCCAGGAGCUGCAGUGGCUUGUGGAUAAAGGAGGCUGCAAUGUGGAGGACAGGGAUGCUGCUGGUGCCACGGCCCUUCACCUGGCUGCUCGGUUUGGUCGUGUGGAGGUAAUUCAGUGGCUGCUUUCUGUCGGAGCAGAGGCCAGCGUGGAGACGAACUGUGGAGCUGUACCUGCUCACUAUGCUGCCGCCAAUGGGGACCUGACCUGCUUAAAGCUGCUAAUUCAGGGGUCACCAAGGUGUGUGAACCACCAGACAGGUAUUGGUGCUACCCCCCUAUACCUGGCCUGCCAGGAAGGGCACCUGCAUGUUGUUGAGUACCUGAUGAAGGACUGUGGUGCUGAUGUCCACCUAAGGGCCCACGACGGCAUGACCUGCCUCCAUGCUGCUGCUCAUAUGGGCCACCAAGCUGUGGUGGUGUGGCUGGUGACCUGCACCCAGGUGGACUUGUCCUGCCAAGACAGAGAAGGAGCAACUGCGCUGCAUUUUGCUGCCAGCAGGGGGCACCGUUGCAUCUUGGAAAAGCUUCUUCACGUGGGUUCAAAAGUCAUCAAAGAUCACUGGGGAGGAACUCCUCUUCAUGAUGCUGCAGAGAACGGAGAGCUGGAGUGCUGUAAAAUCCUGUUGGCCAAUCAAGCAAACCCCACAGAUCAAGACAUUGACGGGUUCACAGCAGCUGACUUGGCAGAGUACAACGGACACUCUGAAUGUGCCAGAUAUCUCCGUGCCAUACAGAAAAAUGCAUCCUGCAUAGAUAAACCCAUCGAGAUAAUCACCCCAGUGGAGGAGGAGGUGAAGGUGAAACCAGCUGUCUUGUUACAACACAGCAAAGAGGACUACUACGGAAGCCUGAGUGUUACAUCCAGGGACAGUCAGAACUCCAACACACACAUGGAUAGUUUAAAGCAUCCUGAUAAUGAGGAGCCCCCCCAGGCCAGAUACCCUCAGCCUCCUCCGGCUCCUUCCUCACCCACAGCUGCCCGGCCUGAGAAGACGGCAGCCCAAAGAAUGGAGCAGGUUCAAACUGCAACAUCUGUUAUUAAGGGUUUUAAUCAGUCCAAGGCAGCUGGGAGCGCAGUAACUGUCUCUGCUGAUAAAACAUUUCCUGAUACAAACCUCCUGGCUGAAAGAAAACUACUUGGUGACAUGAAGCCCAUUAAAUCUUUGAAAGAUUCGGGAAUGUCAGGAGUCUUCACAGGACAAGCAAAUAAGAUGGUGGUCCUACCCACUGAAGAGGCAAACUUGUCGGACAUUGACUACCUGGUACCCACACACGAUGAGAGAGGGCAUCCUAUAGCUGAGUGGAAGAGGCAGGUGAUGGUGAGACAGCUGCAGGCAAGGCUGCUGGAUGAGGAAGAUCAGAGGAGGAAGGAAAACGGGAACAGCUAUGCCAAAGUCAGCUGGAGAUACUCCCAAGCCCACAAUGCCAUCCUGGGGCCCUCUGGUGAGCUGCUGACUGAGGAUGACCUCAUUUAUCUGGAGCAGCAGAUUGCCAACGUCUCCAUGCAGAGGAACUGUGCAGGUUAUGAGUUGGAGCUGGCUCGUCUAGCUGAGGAGCUCAGGCACAUCCUGCCAGCCCCCAUCGUCAACAUCACCGUCAACACACAGUUCAGAAACUUCAAGAGUCAAGUUCCCCUACCUGUGUGGUGCGGCCGGGUCUCUGGCAUUGUAAAGAGCAUGUCUCUGCUCAUGACCAACCUGACAGACCAGCCCUACUGCAAGAUGCCCAACACUGAGCUAAUAACAGUGUUUUCCCAGGCACCAGACAGGCAUAUUUCCACCAGGGAACGAAGGGAGAGCAUCAAAGAUGAAAUUCAUCAGUUUGGAGUGUCUGUGAGGACUCUGAAGUCAAAUUUUGAGACACAAAACUUGUCUUUGUCCAAUCAGUCAGCAGAGGUCCUCACGUUACCUUCUUCCACGAAGCCUGAGGGCACAGCUCCAGACGAACAACCUAAAGUUUUAAAGCCGGCCACAGAAAUGGACCAGAACAGUGACUCUGGCAUUGACUAUGAUGAAAACGUUGCAGAUGUUCAAGAAACAACCAGUCUUAGAAAGGAGCGAAUAGUUGUUCUGUUUUUAGGCCACUGGAAGAAAUCUGCCUACACGGUGGCAUUAAAGAGCAGAGAUACAGGAGAGAAGAAGAUGAGCGACGGAAACCCGGAGAAAGGCCAGAAGUCUGGUUCUGGUUGUACAGGCAGCACGGAGACUGAGCAUUCAAAGAUGAUGAACAGCUCCCUUGGACAUUUCUUCAAGCAGAGGAGUGCUGUCAACAAGAUGAUGGGAAACUGGAGGAAGAUAAUCUCCAGUGUUCCUUCCAGGCAGAUACGCAGGCUCCACAGACAGAAAGCCGUCUUCUCCCCGGAGCAGUUCUUACCUCGUCUGGAAGGGGUGCCUGUAGACUACGACAGCCUGACCCUGGAUCUCUUCAUGCUGGGCUACUUUCACAUCCUGGAGUUGGAUCUGCCUGUGGAUGAACGCAAAAUGAGGCAUCUGCUCUGUUUUGAGGUUUUUGACCGUGUGGGAAAGUUCCCUUGGGAGGCGGUCAGGGACUUCCAUAAAGCCGUCAUACAGGACAUUGAAGCUGGAAACCGUGAGUGGAAGGAUGGCUUUGAGGACAUUAAAGUGAAGUUUUUUGGGAACACUGUGAGUCAGUGUGAAGACACUGCAGUUGUGGUGCAGCACAAGCUCCCGGAGGUCAGACAAGUCCCUAAAGUCAUUGUUCAGACACCUACGCCUGAUGAGGGGACGCUCUGCAGUGGAACUGAUAUAUCCAGCUUCAGCAAUGACGAAAUUUGUCAAUAUAUUGACCGUAGUUUUGCUUUUUGGAAAGAGAAGGAAGCAGAGAUUUUUGAUUUUGAGUAGUGGCUUGUGUCAUCUUUUUGAUAUUUUUGUAUGCUUUAUAAUUAGAGAACAUUAGGGCUGUGUAUGGAAGCUUUAGAUUGUGACUUUCUGUCUCUACUGUAGCAGUUAUCCAGGAAAAGGUGCAGAAUAAUUUGGUAAAUUCAUAACUUUGCAUGUUUCAUCUGAUAUUGCCUGAUCUGAAUUGUACUUUUUAAAAUAAUUUUAUACCAUUUUAAUUAAUUAUGUUUACAGAUUAACCUCUCGAUGCCUCUAAGUCUUUGUUUGCUUUAUUUCUUUUUAUCUAUUUAAUUAUUUUA